CACCUUUAAAGUCUUAAACUCCGGUCAAUAAUAGGUUAUUGUAAAUUCAACCUUUAUAUAUUUCAUUUCCAUGAAAGUUGGCGGCGAAAUUUCAUCUUGUGAAUAGGUCUUAAAUCGGAUAACAAGUUCUUUUCAGGUGUAGAGAAACUUGCGUAUGUAAUUCAUCAAAAUGGUGAAAAUAAUGAAAUCUGGGAAGGUGGUGCUCGUCCUGAGCGGGAGAUACGCAGGACGAAAAGCCAUCGUCAUGAGGAAUUUUGAUGAAGGAACAUCGGAGAAACAGUACGGUCACGCCAUGGUGGCUGGUAUUGACCGAUAUCCAAGAAAAGUACACAAACGUAUGGGCAAAGGCAAACUUCAUAAACGCUCCAAGAUAAAGCCUUUCGUUAAGAUUUUAAAUUAUAAUCACUUGAUGCCCACUCGAUACACUGUGGAUUUGCAGCUCGAUAAAGUUGCACCCAAAGAUUUGAAAGAUCCAAUGAAGAGGAAGAAGGUGCGAUUCCAAACUCGAGUAAAAUUUGAAGAAAGGUACAAAUCCGGAAAGAACAAGUGGUUUUUCCAAAAAUUGAGGUUCUAAUUUGUAACAAAAUAAACAAUUUUAUCGAGUUAUCGCAAA